CUGAGAGCGAGAGCCAUAGGCCCUGGAAAAAAGCUGAAAGAUUGAUCAAGCAAGGCUUGCCUCAUGGUUUUAAAGAAGGGAUGCCGCAAAUUUUCGUGAGACAAGAAGAAUUGGAUGAGGCUGGGGACAGGGAGGACGGCGGUUUCGCCGGUUCUGCUUCCUAUGCCGUUCAAGGUGAGGAAUACGAAGAGGUUGUCGAUGAAGAUGAAAGACAAGCAGAUCGCGACCAGCAGAUUCUACAGGAGGCUUGUUUGCCGGUCUCCGGUGCUCCACUACCACCAAGCGCGGGUCCGCCUAAGGAUGCCGACGAGUACCUGCGGCAAGUGCAGUGGGAACGCCUUCACUGCCCACAGGUGAUGGAUGUCGAUGUGAAAGAACGGAGGUCGAAGCAGAAGGUGGGCGGCCCCUUGACUGGCCGCGACGGCAGAGGUGGGCUCUUGGCUCAGUUUCAAACGCCGGAACUUCCGAAGGACUUCUACAGCCAGGUGUGGGCGGAGGAUACGGCUGCGGCCUUCCGACACCUGCGGAAGCUUUGCCAAGACUCCCGGCCAAAGGAACCACCGCAGUCUCUGACCUAUGAGGAAUGGCGGCGGCAUGUUGCCAAAGAUCAGCCCUGCUUCGAUUUGCUUUCACAACAAGACUUCGUUUCCAUCAACCACUUAGUCGUAGUGGCAGUCGACAAGAUCGAGGCAGACUACGAGACAUCCGAGAGUGAAAAACUGGAGUUGGAAGGGCUUGACUUGAGCGUUGCUUGGACCUUCGCUGCCUUGGCCUUUCUGGAGGAACCUCUCACAGAUGACAUCCAAUACCAGCUACAAAGACUCCGGCGGAACUGCUGCAGAUUGGUCACUGCAACCGAGUCCGAGGCACGGCCACGUUUAGCCUUGUUAUUGGUCCUGGUGGGAGAUGUCUUUGGUCAGCAAUAGAGCGACUACCUUGCUUUGGGCAUGCAGUAUGGCAGAGCAGCAAGCAGAAGAACAGCAAUGGAGAAAAUUGUUUUCUGAUAAA